AUGGCGGUCCCGGGAGGAGGUGCCGCCGCCGCGCUCGCUCUGACCCUCCUCCUCCUCCUCUGCUCCUGCGUUUCCGGCGCGGCCCACGCCUCCUCCGCCCUCCGCCACGCCGUGCCGCGCGGCGACGGCGGCGGCGGACUCUGCGGGCAGCUGCUCCUGCCGCUGGGCUACCCGUGCACCGAGCACACCGUUGAAACAAACGAUGGCUUUCUUCUGUCUCUUCAGCAUAUUCCACAUGGCAAAAAUGGAGUUGCAGACAAUACUGGACCUCCAGUUUUUCUUCAACAUGGUCUUUUUCAGGGAGGAGACACAUGGUUCAUAAAUUCUGUUGAACAGUCGCUUGGAUAUAUCCUUGCUGAUAAUGGCUUCGAUGUUUGGAUUGGAAAUGUUCGUGGAACACGUUGGAGUAAAGGCCAUUCAACUUUCACUGUGCAUGAUAAGCUUUUCUGGGAUUGGAGCUGGCAAGAGCUUGCUGAAUAUGAUCUUCUGGCAAUGUUGAGCUACGUGUAUACAGUUAGGCAGUCCAAAAUUUUGUAUGUGGGGCAUUCACAGGGAACUAUUAUGGGUUUGGCUGCUUUUACAUUGCCUGAAAUCACAAAGAUGAUUAGCGCUGCUGCACUUCUUUGUCCAAUUUCUUACCUUGAUCAUGUUAGUGCUAGUUUUGUUCUCAGAGCAGUUGGCAUGCAUCUUGACCAGAUGCUUCUUACCAUGGGCUUCCAUCAGCUGAACUUCCGGAGCGAUAUGGGAGUUCAAAUAGUAGAUUCUAUAUGCGAUGAUGGACAUGUGGACUGCAACAAUUUGCUGUCUUCGAUAACAGGGGAAAAUUGUUGCUUCAAUGGAUCGCGGAUUGACCAUUACUUGGAGUAUGAACCUCAUCCAUCAUCAACUAAAAAUUUGCAUCAUCUUUUUCAGUAUGCAGUGAUCAGGAAAGGCACUUUCGCAAGGUAUGACUACGGAUUGUUGGGAAACCUAAGGCGUUACGGUCGGCUGUCACCCCCUCCGUUUGACCUAAGCAGCAUACCGGAAUCACUGCCAAUGUGGAUGGGAUACGGUGGUCUUGAUGCAUUGGCUGAUGUCACCGAUGUUGAGCGUACGGUCAAAGAGCUGAGAUCUACGCCAGAGCUGAUGUACAUUGGUGGCUACGGCCACAUUGAUUUCGUCAUGAGCGUGAAGGCCAAAGAUGAUGUUUAUGUCGACCUGAUGCGGUUCCUUCGCCUUAGGGCAAAUGGAUCAUUGCACAGUAGCUACUAG